AUGAUCGGUGAUGCUGCUAAAAACCAACUCACCAUCAAUCCAGAAAAUACUGUGUUCGACGCUAAGCGACUUAUUGGCCGCGACUAUACUGACAAGACCGUACAAGACGACAUCAAGCUCUGGCCGUUCAAGAUCGUGGAUAAGAACAAUAAACCUCACGUUUCACUAAACGUUGGUAAAGAAACUAAGCACUUCACUCCUGAAGAGAUAUCGGCCAUGGUACUUGGGAAAAUGAAGGAGAUCGCUGAGUCAUACCUUGGAAAGGAAGUGAAGCAUGCAGUGGUUACAGUACCGGCCUAUUUUAAUGAUGCUCAGCGGCAAGCCACUAAAGAUGCCGGAACUAUCGCUGGAUUGAAUGUUGUUCGUAUUAUCAAUGAACCAACUGCGGCUGCUAUCGCCUAUGGGCUCGAUAAGAAAGAAGGCGAAAGAAACAUCCUGGUAUUCGACUUGGGCGGUGGUACCUUCGACGUUUCGAUGCUAACCAUUGACAAUGGCGUUUUUGAAGUGUUAGCGACUAAUGGAGACACUCAUCUUGGAGGAGAAGAUUUUGACCAACGUGUAAUGGAGUAUUUCAUUAAACUGUAUAAGAAGAAAACUGGUAAAGAUUUGCGAAAGGACAAUCGUGCUGUACAGAAGCUGCGCCGUGAAGUCGAAAAAGCGAAAAGAGCUCUAUCCACUCAACACCAGACGAAAGUCGAGGUUGAAUCAAUCAUGGAUGGCGAAGACUUCUCUGAGUCCUUGACUCGUGCCAAAUUCGAAGAACUGAAUAUGGAUCUAUUCCGUGCGACUUUGAAGCCUGUACAAAAAGUGCUAGAGGACUCUGAUCUCAAAAAAGACCAAGUACAUGAGAUUGUGCUUGUCGGGGGUUCAACUCGUAUACCAAAAGUUCAGCAGCUGAUCAAAGACUUUUUCAAUGGCAAAGAGCCAUCACGCGGAAUAAAUCCCGAUGAAGCAGUUGCGUAUGGCGCUGCAGUUCAAGCUGGAGUAAUCAGUGGUGAAGAAAACACAGGAGACAUCGUUCUUCUCGAUGUGAACCCAUUGACACUUGGAAUUGAAACAGUAGGAGGUGUGAUGACGAAGCUGAUCACUCGAAACACCGUCAUCCCGACAAAAAAAUCGCAGAUUUUCUCGACCGCUGCAGAUAAUCAACCGACUGUUACGAUUCAGGUGUUUGAAGGAGAGCGCCCUAUGACGAAGGAUAAUCACGAGCUUGGCAAGUUUGACCUAACCAAUAUUCCACCAGCACCUCGUGGAGUUCCACAAAUUGAGGUAACCUUCGAAAUCGACGUUAAUGGAAUACUUCACGUAACUGCAGAGGAUAAAGGUACUGGGAACAAGAACAAAAUUACCAUCACCAACGACCAGAACCGUCUCAGCCCUGAAGACAUUGAACGCAUGAUCAACGAUGCUGAGAAAUUUGCCGAAGAUGAUAAGAAAGUCAAAGAGCAAGUAGAAGCGCGCAAUGAGCUGGAAUCGUACGCCUAUUCACUGAAAAAUCAGAUCGGUGACAAAGAAAAGCUGGGUGGAAAGUUAGAUGAUGCUGACAAGAAGACGCUAGAGGAAGCCGUUGAUGAAACUAUUAAAUGGCUCGAGAGCAAUCGUGAGGCGACUACCGAUGAGCUAAAGGAGCAGAAAAAGGAACUGGAAAGCAAAGUUAUGCCAAUAACUAGCAAGCUGUACAAGGAUGCCGGAGGAGCUGGUGCAGGAGCUGGAGGCGAUGAAGCAAAGGACGAACUUUAA